UCAGUUUUCAGCAGUGUAGUAUCGCUACAGUUCCGAGCAGUGUAGUAUUGCUACAGUUCUGAGCAGUGUAGUAUCGCUACAGAUUCUCUUCAGUGCAGUUUUGUUAGAGAUUCGCUACAGUGUAGUGUCGUUCUCAGGACCUCUAGUGGGAACUUGCAAUUACUACGUACGUGAAGAGUAGUGGCUUCCUUUUGUGUCGAACGAUCAGUUGUGAAAACGUGUCUGAAAACGUAUACGUUUGAAACGUGUUAUUAAACUUAUUAAGAAAAAACUAUUGUUUUUGUAUUGAAAAAUAUUGAGAGAAAUGACUACGGCCGCGAGACCUACGUUUGAACCUGCUAGAGGAGGACAAGGACGUGGUGAAAAAGAUUUAAGUGCAAUUUCAAAACAAUAUAGCAGCAGAGAUUUACCGUCUCAUACAAAAUUAAAAUACAGAGAGCAUGGACAAGGAACGAUAGAGGAAUUGCGAAACCGUGAUUUUCGCAAAGAAUUAGAAGAACGUGAACGUGAACGUGAAAGGGAAAAGGAUAAAAGUUCUAAUCGUCGUAUGCUAGAGCCACCUCGAGAGACAUCUGCAACAAGCAUUGCCAAAAGGCAAAAAAUUGAUCAAGUACCUACGGCAAGUUUAGAUGCAGAUGAUCCUCUUGAUGAUGAUGAUUCAGAGUCAGAAAGUGAUGAAGAUGAUACUGCUGCUCUUUUAGCUGAAUUGCAACGUAUUAAAAAGGAAAGAGCUGCAGAACAAGCUAAAAAGGAAAUGGAGAAAAGGCAGGAAGAGGAAAGAAUAAGAAUGGAAAACAUUCUUUCUGGAAAUCCUUUAUUAAGUUAUUCUUCUCAAAGUGGCAGAACAGAUAUGAAAGUCAGACGACGAUGGGACGAUGAUGUCGUAUUCAAGAACUGUGCUCGUUCUGAACCAAAAAAGAAGCAUGAUGUGUUUAUAAAUGACUCGUUACGAAGUGAAUUUCAUCGUAAAUUUAUGGAAAAAUAUGUUAAGUGAACAAAUCCACAAGAAGGAUGCGAUAUUUGUAAAUAGCUUUAAGUUUUAGUUAGCUUUAAGUUAAUGUUAUCAUACUAUUUAUAAGUAUUUCGUAUUGCAGUCAAUGUUGUCACAAAUUAUUCUUGCAAAUUAAAGAAUCUUACAGACAACUAAUUUCAUAAGUAUAUGUUAUUGUACAUAUUUGGACAGUUAUAAUAUAUGUUUAUACACA